CAUUCUCAAACAUAACCUAAUAUAUUUUUAUUCGCAUGCCGAAUUUAUUCGCUAAUGUUUUUCAGCACCUGUGUACGUCACACUAGCAAAUUUAGUAAGAUUAUAAAUAAAACAAAAAGUUUUUAUUUGAAAAUGGCUGAUGAAGCUUUGUUAACUCGCAUAAGAAACAAUAAUGCUCAAGCAGAAAAAGAAAUAGCAUUCCUAAAGGAACAGAUGAAAGAAAUUCAAGAACUGUCUGUAAAUAAUGAAAUAGCCAAAUUGAGAACUGAGAAUUCAAAACUGUCUCAAGAAGUAACCAAACUUUUAAAUCAAUUAAGAACUUUAGAGAUUGCUAAAGGAAUACCUCAAAUACCUGUACCUGGUCAAACAGUCCACAUAGAAGCUCCAAAAGAAACUAAACCAGCCCCAGUACAGGAACCUGCAGCACCAGCAAAAGAAACUAAACCAGUUCCUGAAGUAGCAGUAACUAAGGACCCCGAAAACAAACCUGCCAAGGAUAAAAAGAAAGAUAAAGCACCAGCAACUCCAAAAGCACCUAAAGAAGCAGCUCCUGAACCUGAUAUUGAUGUAGGCCGAUUAGACUUCCGUGUUGGAAAAAUUGUAGAAGUCAGCAAGCAUCCUGAUGCUGACAGUUUAUACGUUGAAAAAGUUGAUUGCGGCGAACCAAAUCCAAGAACUGUAGUUUCCGGACUUGUUAAAUUUGUACCUUUAGAAGAAAUGCAAAACAGAAUGGUUGUUCUGCUUUGUAAUUUGAAACCAGCUAAGAUGCGUGGCGUUUUAUCCGAAGCCAUGGUGAUGUGUGCCUCAACUCCUGAAAAGGUAGAAGUCUUAUCCCCACCUGAAGGUUCUGCUCCAGGAGAUUUAGUCCACUGUGAAGGAUUUCCCAGGCAACCCGAUGCCCAAUUGAAUCCAAAGAAGAAAAUAUUUGAAACUUGUGCACCUGAUUUACAAACUAAUGAAUCCUUAAUUGCAUGCUAUAAAGGUAAAGCUCUGCAUGUGCCAGGAAAAGGUAAUGUGGUUUCAAAAACAUUAAAAAAUGUUAAUGUCAAGUAAUUAUAUUUAGUUGUACUAAAAAUCAAUUAUACAAAUACUCGAACUACAUGUGUAUAUAUAAUGUUUGUAUAAAAAUAAACUAUUCACAAUGAU